AUGUCGAAUGAAACGUCAACAAAUCCAGCUGCCACGGCAGCCACAGCAGCCACGGCAGAAAAGACGGAGCCAGACAGUCUGGAAUCAUUUGUAAGCGAAACAACCGCAGACGAAGAGCCAUGGUCAAUAUGGUCGAAUCGCGGUAAGCGUACCAUCCUACUUGGGGCGUCUUUCGCAGCAAUGCUUUCACCCCUUGCGAGCAACAUAUACUUCCCGGCCCUUACGUCCAUCGUGAACGACCUUGACGUUUCUGCCUCGCUCGUCAACGUAUCUAUUUCGACCUAUAUACUGCUGCAAGGCAUUGCCCCCAUUUUCACCGCUCAGUUGUCAGAUACGGCUGGAAGGCGGCCGAUUUACCUGCUCUGCUUAGUUAUCUUUCUGGCCGCAAACGUGGGCCUUGGUAUUCAAAACAAUUUUACAGCCCUGUUGGUUCUCCGCUGCGUACAGAGCGCCGGGAGUUCCGGAGUCCAAACGCUUUCCAAUGCUGUGGCUGCCGACAUCGCCACGCCUGCCGAGCGCGGGAGUUAUGUUUCCUUCGCUGCCGCGGCGCCCGUAUUAGCCACGACCUUAGGCCCUAUUAUCGGUGGAUUACUGGCCCAAUUUGCAGGCUGGCACUCCGGCUUCUGGCUUUUGGCUGCCGUUGCCGGGGUUUUGCUUCUCCCAAUGGCCGCCUUCUUCCCUGAAACGUGCCGCAAUGUCGUCGGGAAUGGUUCGAUCCCGCCGCCGAGGUGGAACAAAUGCUACACCAACACCCGGUCACAGCUGCGAAACAUAAAACGAUCCCACGCCGAGCCCCUCAAAAUCAAAGUUGGUUUUCCCAACCCGCUACCGCCCAUAAUGCUCCUUUUCAACCGCCAAUGCCGUUGGCCGCUGCUUUACAGCUCCAUCGUCUCCUGCCCUUUCUACUCUACGUUGGCCCUCAUCCCUUCCGUAUUCAGUAGCAUUUACGGGUACAACGAGUUGCAAAUCUCCCUCUGCUACCUCCCAUUCGGCCUCGGCGCCACGAUAGCCGCAAUAGCCCUGGGCCGCGUGAUAGAUUUCAACUUCAACCGUCACGCGGCACGGCUGGGCAUCGCGGUGGACAAGACGCGCCGUAUGAACCUGGACGAGUUCCCGACCGCGCGCGCACGUCUAGAGGUUGCCGUCCCGACAAUCGUGCUCAGCAUGGGGUCUAGCAUAGCCUUUGGCUGGAUGCUGCAGAAAGCCGUCCACGUGUCGGGACCGCUGGCCAUGCUUUUCCUGGUCGGCUUCUGUUGCAUCGGAAGCCUGAAUUGUCUCGCCGCCCUGCUGCUUGACAUCAACCCUUCGAGAGCUGGUACUAUUACCGCCUCCAACAACCUGCUGAGAUGUCUCCUCGGAACGGCUGUCACCGGCGCCACGGUGCCUCUGAUCCAGGCCGUGGGGAUCGGUUGGACUCUUACCAUUUUUGGGGGCUUGAAUGCCGUUUUCAUGCCAUUACUGUGGUAUAUUAUGAAGGUAGGUUCGGGCCGCCGCGUCAAGGUAUGA